GCGCCGCGGGGGCCCGGCUGUCUGGUCCUCCCCCCACCUCGCCCCGCGUCGCCGCGGCCGGGGGAGGUGGUCGGCCCGGCACGUGGGCGCAGCGCGGGGCCGGCCGGGGUGGGGCGGCCGCGGCCCGGGGAUCCCUUUCUCUGGACCACAUUUUCGCGGGAAGCCGGUGCUCUUCACUCCCUUGGAGUGAGCCACCCGGCUGGUCCUCUUCUCCGGAAAGUUUCUAGCCCCCACCCCUGCGCCCCCGCUCAAGAGGCGUCCCCACCUUCAGCAUCCUCUGAGCCCUGCUGUCUCGCACGACCGCCCCCAUCGAGUCCAGGAGAUCGGUGGGCUGGCUUGGCUAGAGGUGACAGGCUUUGCUGGGUCCAUCGUGUGCAGGAGUUCCAAGGUCGCUAAGCAGAGCCCAAAGGUGGCCCGAGGCAGCCGGGAUGACAGCUCUCCCCAGGAACCCUGCUACCUGCUGAGAAACAUGAUCAGCAAGUCCCGCUGGAAGCUCCUGGCCAUGUUGGCUCUGGUCCUGGUCGUCAUGGUGUGGUAUUCCAUCUCCCGAGAAGACAGGUACAUUGAGCUUUUUUAUUUUCCCAUCCCAGAGAAGAAGGAGCCGUGCUUCCAGGGUGAGGCAGAGAGGAAGGCCUCUAAGCUGUUUGGCAACUACUCCCGAGAUCAGCCCAUCUUCCUGCAGCUGAAGGAUUAUUUCUGGGUCAAGACGCCAUCUGCCUAUGAGCUGCCCUACGGGACCAAAGGGAGUGAAGACCUGCUUCUCCGGGUUCUAGCCAUCACCAGCUACUCCAUUCCAGAGAGCAUCCAGAGCCUCAAGUGUCGCCGCUGCGUGGUGGUGGGGAAUGGGCACCGGCUGCGCAACAGCUCGCUGGGAGACGCCAUCAACAAGUACGACGUGGUCAUCAGAUUGAACAACGCACCAGUGGCCGGCUACGAGGGGGACGUGGGCUCUAAGACCACCAUGCGUCUCUUCUACCCCGAGUCAGCCCACUUCAACCCCAAAGUGGAGAACGACCCAGACACACUCCUCGUCCUGGUAGCUUUCAAGGCAAUGGACUUCCACUGGAUUGAGACCAUCCUGAGUGAUAAGAAGAGGGUGCGAAAGGGCUUCUGGAAGCAGCCUCCCCUCAUCUGGGACGUCAACCCCAGGCAGGUUCGGAUUCUCAAUCCUUUCUUCAUGGAGAUUGCAGCUGACAAACUGCUGAGCCUGCCGAUGCAACAGCCACGCAAGAUUAAGCAGGUGCAGAAGCCCACCACCGGCCUGCUGGCCAUCACACUGGCCCUCCACCUCUGCGACCUGGUGCACAUCGCCGGCUUUGGCUACCCAGAUGCCCACAACAGGAAGCAGACCAUUCACUACUACGAACAGAUCACACUCAAGUCAAUGGCGGGGUCAGGCCACAAUGUCUCCCAGGAGGCCCUGGCCAUCAAGCGGAUGCUGGAGAUGGGAGCAGUCAAGAACCUCACGUUCUUCUGACUCGGGCAGGAGCUGUACCCAUCAGUCUGCCCGCUCUGCCACCUGAGCGGCCCUAUCCAUGGCUGUGGGGGUGCCUGGUGCCAGCAUGACCUGCUUGGACUCUCCCUCCCCUGUGUGCAGAGGGGUCCUGGUACUGGCCGGGCCUGAGACGGGGCCCUGCCCCUGGUGGCUCUCGCGGCGGCCAGAUCCGGUCAGGGUGGAGGCCCCCGGGUGGCGGGAGGCCGUCUGAGGUGCAGGGUUUAUGCUGUGGCACCCCCUCUCCACCAGUGCCGGGAGCUUAUUUAAUGGGCUAUUUAAUUAAAGGGUAGGAAUGUGCCACGGGCUGGUCCCAUGGCAUCGGAAAAGGGGGCAAAAUACAGUGUUCUGCCCACUUUCGAUAAAAACACAGAAGUGCUGGGUCCACUACAGCCUAGACCCAGAGCAGGCCUCCCAGGAGGGCAGGGGCGUCUGGAGCGGGUGAGUGCCCUCCAGAGAGGGGCUGCUACCUCCCAGCAGGCUUGGGAAGAGCAGUGGGAUGGGGGUUCCACGGAGAAUGGGACCUCAUCUAGAAAAGAGGUUUGAAACCUAACAUUAAACUAUUUUUCCUAAAAUGGAA